UAUUAGCUUUCAGACAAAAGUUAACUCUUCAAAAUCAAAUGUCAAUAUAAAACCAAACAAGUUCUCAGCAAUUUUUUACUAAAACUACACUGCGAUUUAAAAUAAGCCAUCAGCUUAUCCAUGGCAUCCCAUAGUCUUCUCACAGUCACGCUUCUGUGCAUCCUUUUUAGCGGAUGUCACUCUGCGGAAUGGGAGGGAGUCCACUACAAUCCGAGCCAUCCCAAUAAGUGCGUCAUCAACCAGGAACUCGUGCUCAAUCCGGGGGUUAGCAUCAAGGAUCCCACGCACGAGUGCCGCAAAAUCGUGUGCGGACACAACGGGCGAGUCGUUUUCCAUAGUUGCGGUGUGUCUAUCCCGUCACCUUCUUGUCACUAUGGUGACUACCUCAAUCCAAACCUUCCCUAUCCGGAAUGCUGCAGGCGUGAGCUUAUUUGCAACUAGGCAGGCCGAUCGGUCGGGUUCACUAAGAUACUUUUUGUAGAUACUUUUCGAAGCCAUUUUUGCGCUCCUCUGGAGUUUGGUUGUUUUUCAGGCUUCUGCUGAUAUAU